AUGUUCAGCACUACUGGUUUGGCUGUGGGGCUGGCGAUUGGGGUCCCCACCUUUGUCUGCUUGGUCGUGGCGGGGGCUUUUUGGUACAGACAAAGACUUCACUAUCAGAAGGAUCUGGAGCUACAUAAGGACGUGGACGACUAUGACGAGAUCAACGAUCUCGACCUGGACAACAUGAUGGCGUCUCCAAGGAAACAAAGACAGCGCCAUUACUCUAAAGAAAGGACGCCUGUUGACGACGAGGAUAGUGGCUCUAGAAAUUCCGAGAGUCGAAGAGAUAUUAAUAGUAACAGACGCAGUUAUGAGAGUGAAGGGAAUCGAUUUGAUGAAGUAAAUGGUGAAUUUGUCAUCAAGAAUGGUAACUAUAACAUCAGGAAAACAUCCAAGAUCAUGGGCCUUAGACUUGUCUCCAAGAACAAUGAAGGUGGUAACAAAAAUUCUAAUGGUGUGGAAACUCCUGGAUCAAAGUUGUCUUUAGCCACAAAAAAUGACAACAAUUUCAAGACGUACUAUGAAUCGAUGAUUCCUGUGUUUGACGGGAAUACGCAUGCUGAAGAGUCUUCAAGUACAUUCAAUGAAAAAGACUUAAAGAUGAACCCGGCAAUGACCCCAAGUAAAGUUAAUAACCACCAAUCUCAUUCAAGUAUGGACUUGUAUAAACUGUUGCAGGAAGAUUCUCCAAUAUUUCCGAGGGCUAUGGUCAAUUCAUCAAGUCUCGGUGAUUUCACUUCACCGUUAAAAAAAAGCAGUGAUAAAAGUUUGAGUAUAGCCUCUGGAAGUCCCGUGAAAUCAAAAGGAGUAGAAAAUUCAAAUGUAAAUAAUCACAACGUGAACUUCACAGCGGAUACCGAGUCUCUACCCAAAUCGGAGCCUUUCCAUGUUUCUCCUUUUGAUACACCCCCAGCGAGAAAGAAACUGAUACUGAACUUGGAAGACAAUUCAUCAUAUGAACAAGACGACAUAAAUAUUGAAAGUAAUGCGGAAAGUGGGUCUGAUGAUAUGCAUGAUGCACCAUACUCAAGACAUGCAUCACCAUCAAAGGGAAACUUGCAUAGAAGAAACAAAUCUGCUGAUAGUUAUCAAGUAUUGGAAGAUGAAGAGAAUCUAGCCGAGCAAACACAUGACAGAAAAAGGAAGGAGUGGCUAGACACAUACCGCAAACUAUGA